UGUCUUCUGCUUGUGUUUCCUAUAUUUUUUUGAGCAGUAUAUUAACUUGUGGAAUAAAGAAAUCUUAGAAAUACCUAAUAAUUUAGAUAAGCGGAUAAAAGGGAAUAUAUCGAAUUUGCGUACAACACCAGGCUAGGGGAAUAAACAAUAUCUUUAGUAGAUAGGCUCAAGAUCCAGAAGGUUCUUGACAGACUGAAAUACUGGUCUCUGUCCAAUAAAUUGCAGUUCAUUGAUGAGAAAAGUAAGGUUUUACGCUUACCGUGUUUUCCCGAAAAUAAGACCCUGUCUUAUAUUUUUUUGAACCUCGAAAUAAGCGCUUGGCCUUAUUUUCGGGGACGUGUUAUUAUUAUGGGACACAUGGAGGAAAUCAGAGGAAAUGGGUACCGGCUGUGCAUACAUUUAAAUAUUUUUGGGGAGGGCUUAUUUUCAGGGGGGGCGUAUUUUAGCAUGUGCUCAAAAGCCCGAUUGGGCUUAUUAUCAGGGGAUGUCUUAUUUUCAGGGAAACAGGAUAGGUAAGAAAAAACAAAUACACUAGGACAUAAUAGGUGUAUCUGGCUCAACAGAAGAGAGAUCUAAGAGUCCUAUAGACAAUUACUUAAAUAUGAGCCAGCAGUGUGCUGCAGCUGCUAAAAGAGCCAAUGCAGUCCUAGGAUGCAUCAAUAGAGGGAUAGUAUCGAGAUCACAUAAAGUGUUAGUCCAGCUUUCUCCUGCACUGCUAAGACUACAUUUGGAACACUGCAUCUAGUUACGGUCACCAUGAUACGAAAAAGAUGUUGAAACUCUAGAAAGAGUGCAGAGAAGAACAACACAGAUGAUUAGGGGACAGGAGGCUAAAACAUAUGAAGAGAAGUUGCAGGAAUUGGGCAGAUCUACUCCAGUGAAGAAAAGGGAUGGUGUAUUAGGAGGCUUUCAAUAUAUGAGGGGCUGUCACAGAGAAGAUGAAUUCAACCUAUUCUCCAACGAACUUCUGACGGGCUAAAAAGAAAUGGAUGAAAAUCUAUCAGAGAGACAUCCAGCCUAGAAUGAGGAGAAAUUUCCUGACAGAACAAUUAACUAGUGGAACAAUUUGUCUCCAGAAGUUAUGGGUGCCCCAUCCUGGCAGGUUUUCAAGAAGAGAUUUGACAGGCAUUUGUCUGCAAUGGUGUAAGACCUCCGGGGUCCCUUCCAAGUAUGUUACUCUGGAGUCUGUAUUUUGAGUAAGAAGAAUGGUACUUCUUGUCUGUUCUUUUGCCCCCUCUAUGAAGGGAUGAAGCUUUCUAUAGAACCCUUCCUAAAAGUGGAAGGCUGCACAUGGGUGUGGCACUGUCAGAAGAAAUCGGAUUCUUUAUCAGGAAGGAAACGACAGCCUCCUUCCUCCUGGGCUCCGAUGGAAAAUGCACCGUUUCCAUCACUUGCAUAAGAACCUUCCUUGCACACAGAAUCCACCAGGCGAGUCCCUCAGAAAAGAGAAGCGGACGCCGUGCGAUUCACCAUUCGGCCACCGGAGGGCGAACGCCAGAGGUGAUUUCCCAUAGGAGAAGGAGAGGGAAGUGACCUCACUGGAUCUGACGCGACACUCCGUCUCUUUUGCACCCUUUGAGCUUCUCUGGGGGUUUAAGUGGAUAUACCAUAGAAAUUGGGGAAUCCAUUUGUAAAUACCCUCUGCUGGAGGCAAAAAAUUGGACAGAGAUGGCUGGAAGACUUGCUUGACCUGUAGCUACAGGAAUGGUACUAUGAAUAGAAAGGUGUUUGGAGAUCCACAAGAUUCCCUGGACCCCUUUGGAGGUGCACUACAGGACAGAGAAAGAAUGAAAAGCCAAUCUUUAGGGAGUGAGGAAAUUGGAAAAGGCCCUUCUGGUGUCCAGCCUGGGAGCUAUGGGGAGAUCUGUGCAAGAACUGGGCAGAAGAUCCUGGAGGAGAAAAUCACCCUUUCAGAAGUUCAGCCCUGGAACUUCAAGAGCUUCCAAUACAAGGAGGAUGAAGGUCCCCGAGGACUUUGCAGCCGGCUCCAUUCCUUUUGUAGUCGAUGGUUGAGACCAGAAAAGCACACAAAAGCGCAGAUGCUGGACCUGGUUGUUCUGGAGCAGUUCUUGGCCCUUCUGCCCCUGCAGAUGGAGAGCUGGGUGCGGGAGUGUGGAGCAGAGACCAGCUCCCAGGCGGUGGCCCUGGUGGAAGGCUUCCUUCUGAGCCAGGCAGAGGAGAAGAAGGAGAGCAUUGACUGGCAGUCCUUCAUGAUGGAGAUCAGAGAUCCUGAGGGAAGGGGACAUCCAUCUGAUUCAUCUCUCAAAAUGUUUUACACGAGGAUCUCUCAGGAUGAUCCAAAUCAAGACACUAUCACAGGGAAGAAUAGAAGGAAGUUGAGCCUUUUUGAUGGUGGAGCUGAAACAGUGGUAGAAACUCCAAUUCAGGUGAUAAUGGGCAGGACCAUAAAGAGUCUAGGCGGGAAUCAUUCCAAGUGUUCAGAUAUGGAGACGUAUCGGAGAAGCCUGAAAUGCAAAUGAAAUUCCAGAGGCAGGAGAGAAAUCAGUCAAAUAAUUGGAAUAAGGAAAGCUCAUCUUCCAUUGAGGCUCAGACGCAGUUUCUUGAGCAACCAAGAAAAAUGAAGAAAAAAUAUAUUGGGAAAG